AUGGUGCUUCAACUGAAGAUAUCGCCAGAACUUGUCAUGCUCAUCCAACCUUAUCUGAAGCUUUCAAAGAAGCUGCUUUAGGUACUUUUGAUAAAACUAUUAACUUUUAAGUCAACCUAAAAAAUAAUCUAGAUUUCGAAUGUCUUGACUUUUAAUCUAAAAUUAUCUUCUUUACUCUUUGUAUAUUCAUAAUCAUACAAAUAAUACAUACAAGUGUACAUUAUAAAAAUUUAUAUGGUGAUGUCGCGGAUUUGAUGUUUUUUUUGCGACACAGUACAAAGUAAAUCUGUAAUUAAAAUGUCGCUAAAAAUUUUCAGAAAUAUCAAAGAAAAUCUUAAGAGCCUUUUGAACAAUAAUUAACCAUAGUUAGAAGACUAAGAGCUGAUACAGUAAUAUAAUACAUAAUGCCUUCAUUACAAAAGUUCCACGCACAAGUGGCUCGUCAUAAUAAACUGAUGAUGAAAAAUUUGUGUGCAAAUUUGAUUCGUAAUGAAGCUAUAAUAACUACCAAAUCUAAGGCUAUGAAAGCUCAAGCCAAGAUCGAAAAGUUUUUACAUGAAGCUUUAGAAAAUGAAAGAGCAUUUAAUGCUAAAGAGAAACCACUUGAUAUAAAAGAUAGAUUAGCAAUUAAUAAAGCCUUUAGAUAUUUACAACCUCCCGAUAAAGAAGAAGUUGGAAGUAAAAUUAUAAAUGAAUUAUCAAAAAGAUAUCCUAAUAGAAAAACUGGAUUUACUCGUAUAAUAAAACUUGAAAGAAGAUUAGGAGAUGAUAAAGCUCCAAUGGCUUUAAUUGAAUUAGUGGAUUCUCCAAUUGAAUUUAAGUUCUGGUAUCAAGCUAAAGUCGUAGCAAGAUUAGAAUUACAAAAUUUACCAUUAGAUGAUCUUACUAGUCAUAAUGUUAAGAAAUUAACUAAAGAAAGAGAAAAUGGUGAAGAAGAAUUUAGAAAUGCAGUUGAAACUUGUAAACGUGAAUUCUUUAAAUAUGAUACUGAACUGAAGGAAUUUCUCGAUCCAGAAAUAGAAGAACAAAUAAAGAAUAUUCCAACUAAUCUUGAAUAUUAUGGUGGUGAUCUCGUUGGAAAAGUAUUGGUAUCAAAGAAGCAUCCAACUAAACCAAGAUUUAAAAAGGAAAUUGAACUUCCACCUUCACCAUUUUUAGCUGACUCCAAAUAGUCAGUUAGUCAUUCAUAAAGGUCUUGUAGAUAUGUCCUCUACUGUACAUAGCAUUAAUAUCACAUAGUAACAUAGUACUUUAAACAAAUGUGUAGAAAGGUAGGUGCAAAUAAAAAUUGGCGUGCACUAUUGACAAUUUUCAGAUAUCUCCAAUAGGU